AUGAUAACUGGUCAUGUACGUAGUUGUAUCAAAUAUUUUGAAAAAUUAUUACAACGAACAACGAUCGAUGAAUGGAAAAGAUAUACUAUUUUACAACAUCUUAGUAUAGCAUAUUAUUUUGUGAAUGAAUUUGAUCCGGCAUUAAAGCAUGCAUUAGAAGCCAACAAUGUUCGUUUAGAUGGUAUUUUUAAUGGUAAUUAA